UUACUUUUAAUGCAAAUGAUUUCAUAGCCUUAUCUGUUUCAUACGUUCCCGGUUUUGCGUUCAGUUCUUCGUGAACAGUCAAUACGUACGGUGCUGUUUGUGGUUCUGCUUUAAUAAGUUUAGAAGUAUAAAAUGGAACAACCUGAAAAAAUAUUACAAACGGAUUUAGUGAAUCAUUUUGAGAACAAAAAUUUGGGAGCCUUCGUACAUACACUGAAAACAUCAAGAAAGGAUGCCGCAUGUGGGAAAAGUUACACUAAGAUUCUUCAAUCAGUGCUUGGCAUUAUCCUAGCGAGUGCAAACGAUGAAAGCCCUCUAUACUCCAUAUCAUGCUUAACGCAUGGUGCUAAAAUUAACAAGAAAACGGAAAAUGGAUAUUACCCGAUACAUUGUGCAGUACGGUCGUGCAAAAAGGAAAACCUAGAGACAGUUCUAUCAUUUCCAGAAGUGCAAGUGGAUAAAAAGACACAUGAUGGCAAAACUGCACUAGAUUUGCUUUUCGACAUUAUAAAUGAAAAUAAUGUCGUGGCCGUUACAACACUCACAUUAAUGCUGUUGAAAAAGAAUGCUACCAUUACCAAACCUAGUGAUAAUCAAUCUGGAACAACGUCUCGAAACAUGGAAUAUAAUCGAGAAACUGAGUGCAUCGAACUUCGGAAUCGUUUGCUUAACAAAAUCAAAACAAAACCAAACGAUGAAAAUGAAUGGUAUCGGGUACAAAUAUUGCGUAAUUAUAAAACGCCUAUACAAAACGAAUCGCUUGGUUUGUACGCAAGCACAGACAUGCAAACUUUAUUGAAAAUGGCUAUCGAAGCGGGAAAUGACAAGGCAGCAAAACGUCUUAUCAAUACACUCUCACAAUUCUACAUCAACCAGGGAACAGGCCCAUUGUCAAGUAUAUUACCAGAAAAUAUACUUGAAUUAUGUUGCAAGAAUGGGAAUUACACCAUGCUGGAAUAUUUAAUUCAGAAAUUAAAUCAAAAUUUUGAAAAUCUCUUGGGAAAAACCCUUCUUGAAUGGUUGGUAAAUGGUAUUGAUGAAAAUAGUACAAAUUGUCGAUUUUUUAAAUGCUUGAACCUUUGCUUAAACAUACCCUCAUUCGAUAUUGACGAGCAAGAUGGCAAUGGAGAGACCGCUUUAGCUUUCGCAAUCAAAUAUAAACUAAAGCGCACGCAGAAGCUGCUGCUAGAAAAAGGUGCGUACAUUGGUGGGAAGGAUAUUUACGGUCAAUUUGUAAUUAAUGAAAUUGAUCCAACGGUGCUUAAGGAGCAUUUUGAUGAGUGUAUUUACACUAUCGGUGAAGGGUUUGAAGGAAACAAAUGUAAUCAAUCCCACAUUUUCGUAAUGUUGCAAAAUUUCGUUCCACCGAAAUUCAAGCUCAACAAAGCUCAACAUACAAGUGAAACUAAGCAUGAGCAGAUGAGCGUUAUGCCUGCUCUGAUGAAAUUUACAGAUGUGUCAGAAAUAUCUGCCGAUUGGACUAUCCACAAGGAAAUAAGACUAGAGCUUAUCGAACAUCCGGUUAUUAAAACCUUGCUUUACAUACGCGAUCCACCAUCAAUUACAAAGCCCAUACAGCUAGCAAGAUUGUCUGUGCCUUUGGUUGUGCUAUUCUGGUUCUCACCACACAAUAGAUCAGCGAUGAUUUUUGUUAUGGGAAUUUUAAUUUCUCUUCUGUUUUUGAAAUUUAUUCUUCCCCUUUGUGUAUCGCGUUCUUUUUUAAACCUUUGGGAAUAUUCUAAAUACAAACCUAUUAAAAAUACAAUCAAUUAUAUUGAAAACACCUUGAAAUUUAUCUUCAAAAAAAUCGAAUUUCUUAUCUUUAGCGUACUGUUUCAUGAAAUUGUUUUAACUGUUAUGAUGUGCUGUGCAUAUUAUACUGAAAAUGAUAAGUUAUUUCUAACUUGCCUCACUGCUCUUGUAGGGUUGACAAUGAGAAGCUUUCUUGCCAGCUACGAACUCUCUGCGGAGUUCAUAAACAUGUUAGACAUAGUUGCCUUCAAAAUGUUUAAAUAUUUAUUAGUAUAUUCAUGGCUUUUCCUAACGUCCGCACUGUAUUUGUACCAUAGCGGUAAAACUGCUGAAUCAAGUACACAAAGUGAAUUAAAAAAUGGUAGCAUAAAUCAAACUACAAAUGUAACUAACUGCGACGAUUUUACAAUACAAACAAUAGCAUGGCACGCUAAAUUUUUGCAAGUUUUGGUAUGGUACACAGGGGAGUAUGGAGCAGCGAAUAUAACGUUUAAUCUAUACAGCUAUUUCAUGUUCAUGCUGUUUAUUAUAAUCGCCAUUACGUUAUCUAAUUUGUUGGCUGGUUUAGCUGUCAGCGAUAUUUCGGAAAUCAUCAAGGAAUCUAAACGCUUAAAAAUUGGUCUCACAGUUAGACGACUUUCUUGGUACAAUUCAAUAUGGAGCAGAUUUACACAAAAACCAUGUCAUAAUGUCCUAAACAUUCAAAUGGAUACUAAAAAGGAUAACCAAAUAUGGCUGUACAGAAGUGAUGCAGAGAAACCCGAUUUGCUGCCAUGGAAAACAUCACCACAAUUUGAAAGAACACUCAAAGAAGCUAGUGAUGUGCGGAUCGACCCGAAAAUACCGGGUCGGAGCCAUCCAUAAGCGACCCGAACCCGUUCGGGUCGACCCGUAGAUACAAGUAGGUCCAGUAGGUGCAACGAUUCCGGUAGGUGCAAGCUGCCAUAAGCGACUCCGACCCGUGGGUGCAGCGAGUUCGGGUCGGAACUACUGAACCUACCUAUGUUUACGGGUCGGCCCGAACCCGCUGCACCCACGGGUCGGAAUCGAUUCCGAUUUUGUUGCACCCGACUCCGGGUCGAGCCAUGAAAUGAAUCGUAUGUCCCAUCACUAUUAGUCAGUCCAUGCUACGAAAAGACACGGUCCGGAUGGGAUUUGAUACCCGGUUCUGUCGUGUGGAACUAGCGCCCUUUAACACGUAGACCGCAGGGCCGCCUCUUUUUCUGGUACUAAAAUCUCAAGAGGUCUUAAAUUUUAUAAUGUUUGAUUUAACGAGGAGAGAACAAAAGAUGUAAGUGAUAAAGGGUUCACACGACACGACCGGAUAUCAAAUUCGAUUUCGACAGUCUCGCCGCGACAAGGACUGAUUAUCCGGUUAUGUGGAAUUCUAAUAACACAGAAAUUACCGGUAUGGCCUUGGAGAUCAUUCAGUCACAAAGAAGAAGAACUUUUUACAAGCACCCUGUACGGACUAAGGCUUUUUAUUCACUAAAAACCUCCUAAGCUUUUAUUCACCUAACCUAAGAUUUUUAUUCACUAAAAACCUCCUAGUGUCUUCGACCCUGGGUACAGCCGCAAUAAGAAAGAUGGCAAUAUUUCUCUUAAAAAAUAUUAGAAUAUCCUAGAAUGUUUAGUCAUAAUACUGAAUUUACAUGUUAACAAUGUGGUGAUGUGAAAACCAUCUAUUGAAUCAUACAUUCAGUUUAGGUAAGGGGUAAUGGUUGUGAAAUGUAUUAAAUGUUCAAUAACAAAUGUUUUACAAUA